AUGGGAAGGUUCAAGGCUCCGGGGAUAGAUGGUUUUCAACCCGUCUUCUAUCAAGAUUGCUGGGACAUGGUCGGAGAGUCUGUUGAGCGCAUCGUCUUGGAUUUUUUUGAAACAGGACAACUACCAGAGGGGAUGAAUGAUGCUUUGGUUGUUUUGAUUCCAAAGGUGGAGAAGCCGGAACAGGUGACACAGUUCCGACCCAUUAGCUUGUGUAAUGUCCUGUUUAAGACUAUCACGAAGGCUAUGGUUACAAGAUUAAAGAGUAUAAUGCCAAAGCUGAUAGGCCUUGCGCAGUCAAGCUUCAUUCCGGGGAGAUUAAGCGUUGAUAAUAUUGUGGUGGUGCAGGAAGCGGUACACUCUAUGAGGCGUAAGAAGGGGAAGAAAGGUUGGAUGCUACUAAAGUUGGACUUGGAGAAAGCCUAUGACAGGAUCAGAUGGGACUUCUUGGAAGAUACGUUGAGAGUGGCGAGAUUCCCAGACAAGUGGGUGAACUGGAUAAUGCGGUGUGUUGUUGGACCGUCGAUGCAUGUGCUUUGGAAUGGUGAGAAAACGGCGCCUAUUACACCGUUGAGAGGCUUACGACAAGGCGAUCCGUUGUCGCCAUAUCUGUUCGUUCUUUGCCUCGAGAGAUUAUGUCACUUGAUCGAUUGUUCUAUAACUAAGGGAGAAUGGAAGCCUAUCAGACUAUCUCGGGGCGGGCCUCAACUUUCCCACAUAUGCUUUGCGGAUUACCUCAUCCUAUUUGCUGAAGCCUCGGUGGGUCAGAUUCGUGUGAUAAGACGUGUGUUGGAAACCUUCUGCAUCGCCUCGGGUCAGAAGGUUAGUCUUGACAAAUCUAAGAUCUUUUUCUCGGAGAACGUGAGUCGGAAUAUGGAGAGAUUGAUUACGGAUGAGAGUGGGAUCAAGGCAACGAGAGAGGUGGGGAAGUAUCUUGGGAUGUCCAUCCUACAGAAGAGGAUCAAUAAGGAUACAUUUGGGGAAACGUUGGGGCGAGUCUUAUCUCGCUUGGCAGGGUGGAAGGGAUGUUGCCUGAGUUUCGCGGGACAGCUCACGUUAAUAAGGUCAGUACUCUCCUCAGUACCAGUUCACACGAUGAGUACAAUAUCACUGCCGAAAUCUACGCUGAAUAGCUUGGACAAGGCAUCAAGAUCCUUCCUCUGGGGAAGUACCACAGAACAGAGGAAGCUGCACUUGCUGAGUUGGAGGAAAGUAUGCCAACCGAAGCGAGCUGGAGGUCUCGGGAUACGCUUGUCAUCUGAUAUGAAUAAAGCGCUAUUGGCCAAAAUAGGGUGGAGGCUUCUCCAUAAUGUUGAUAGUUUGUGGGCACGAGUGCUAAGAAGUAAGUAUAAAGUGAAAGAGCCUCAUGAUCAGAGCUGGCUGGUGACUAAAGGUACAUGGUCCUCAACAUGGCGAAGUGUUGCUUUGGGCUUGCGAGAGAUAGUCAUGCCCGGUUUAAGUUGGAUCGUCGGCGAUGGAAAACACGUGAAGUUUUGGAUGAACAGAUGGUUAGUGGAGAAGCCGCUUAGAGAAGUAGCUUUAUUGCCACUUGCAAAUGAAACUGAGGAGGUUCGGGUUUGUGAUCUAUGGCGAAAUGGGACUGGUUGGUUGGUGGAACAGUUGGAAUCGCUGCUCACAUCUAGCGUGAUACUACAACUACAAUCGGUGGUCAUUGAUAAUGUCACCGGAGCAAAGGAUAGAAUAUCAUGGGGAGAGAGGCCUGAUGGAAGAUUCACAGUAGGCUCGGCUCAUGCUUUCUUUACGAGGGACAAUACACCUCGGCAAGACCUGGGUGCUGUAUUCACGCGGGUUUGGCGAGUAGUCGUACCGGAAAGAGUCCGGACCUUCAUCUGGCUGGGGGUACAUCAGGUGCUUAUGACAAACUCAGAGAGGCAGCGGAGACACUUGUCGACGUCGGGAGUGUGUCAGGUGUGCAGAGGAGGAGAUGAAACUAUCCUACACGUGCUCCGAGACUGUCCAGCGAUGGAGGGCAUUUGGCGUCGUAUUGUACCGGUGCGCAAAAGGUAA